AUGAUUGCUAAAUUAAGUCUUUGCUUAUUAUCCUUGAGCCAACUUCUGUUGGGACUGCCGGUAGAGAAAAGGGACCAUCAUUUUUCUAAAGGUGAAGCAGAAAGUUCUAACAAAGUUCCAAAAUUUAGCUUUUAUCCCGCUACACUGGCAAGUUAUGCGAAGUCAAACGAUGUACCUACGACCACAACUUAUUAUGCUCCACAUUAUUCUGAAGUUAGUCAUUUACUCAGUGAGUUGACUACGACAACCUGGGGAAGCUGGGAUCCUUCAGCAACCACUGAAGCAAGCGAUUCUGAAGAUCCUUAUGGUCAAUAUGCUUGGACACAGUUGUGGGAACAAGCGUCAAUUAAAAACUUUAGCAACACUGCUAUUUAUUCAACUACUGUUGAGCCUACGGCGGUUCCAACUGAGUCAUUAGUAUUGCCUCCGAAGGAUGCCUUCAAGUUUGAUGAUAAACUUAAGUUUCCAGAAGAUUUCAUUUUUGGGGUCGCUGGAUCUGCAUCACAGAUAGAAGGCGCCGUUGCAGAAGAGGGUCGUUCACCUACGGUUAUGGAAAAGUUGAUAACAGAUGACAGGCCCCAGGAUUACAUCACAAAUGAGAACUAUUACUUGUAUAAGCAAGAUAUCAAAAGGUUAGCGUCUAUGGGAGUCAAGGCAUAUUCUUUUACAAUUCCAUGGACGAGAAUAUUACCUUUUGUUUUACCCGGGACUCCAGUUAAUCAACAAGGCCUCGACCAUUAUGAUGAUUUAAUAAAUACUUGCUUGGAAAACGGCAUUACGCCGAUUGCAACAUUGACUCAUUUCGAUUCCCCUUUGAUGUUUAAUGGAGGCAAGCCAGUCUCAGGAGAUUACGAACUAGGGUUAUACGCGGGCUACGCCAAUGAAACAUUCGUUGAUGCUUUCGUGAACUAUGGAAAAAUUGUUUUGGCCCAUUAUGCUGAUAGAGUUCCUGUUUGGAUUGGUUUCAAUGAGCCAUAUCUCUAUUCCGGCUUUCCUUUAAGUAUUAAGCAUGUCGUUCAAGCGACAGCAAAGUUGCAUAAAUUUUACCACAAAGAAUUGAAGGGCAAAGGAAAAUUUGGUAUUAAGUUUAAUGACAAUUUCGGUGUCCCUAGAGACCCUGAAAACCAGGACGAUGUUGCAGCAGCUACAAGAUUUCAAGAAUUUCAAUUAGGUAGUUUUAGUAAUCCUUUAUUUUUGGGACAGGAUUAUCCACAAUCAUGGAAAAAUACGUUUAAAAAUGAAUCGGAAUACUUGUUCACUGCAGAAGAAUUGAAAGAAGUCUCUUUUGGAUCAGAUUUCUUUGGAAUCGAUCCUUACACUUACACUGUGGUUACGCAACCUGAAGGUGGAAUUGAAGCAUGUGCUGCAAAUAGAUCUCACGAGCUUUGGCCAAUUUGUGUAAAUCAAACAGAGGUACAAGAAGACGGAUGGAAGAUAGGAUAUAGAUCACAAUCUUAUGUUUAUAUUACUCCUGUUCAACUUCGUGAAUAUUUGAACUUCCUCUGGGAUACUUAUAAGGCUCCAGUCUUUGUCUCGGAAUUUGGCUUCCCAGAAUGGAGAGAAUCAGAAAAGGAAUUGGGUGAUCAAUUGUUCGAUCUCAAUAGAUCAAUCUACUACAGAUCUUUUAUGGAGGCAAUCUUACAGGCAAUUCAUUAUGACAAGGUACCCGUGAUGGGUGCCUUAGCCUGGUCAUUUGCUGAUAACUGGGAGUUUGGGGACUAUGAAGCCCAAUUCGGCUUACAGGUGGUUAACAGAACGACGCAAGAAAGAUAUUUCAAGAAAAGUUUCUUCGAUAUCGUCGAAUACGUCGAAGAUAGACGAUAG